GCGGCUCUGGCAACCCGGCUGUCAGCGCCUCGGUGCCCGUCGCUGCCGGAGCUACACGCUGAAGUUCACCGUCAGUAGCACCACUACAGGCUGACAUGGCAGGCAAGAGGGCCUUGGUGAUCCUGGCUAAAGGUGCAGAGGAGAUGGAGACCGUUAUACCUGUGGACGUCAUGCGCAGAGCCGGGAUCGCGGUGACGGUGGCGGGCCUGACCGGCCCGGAGCCCGUCCAGUGCAGCCGGAGCGUCGUCAUCUGUCCCGAUGCGAGCCUGGAGGAGGCCAGCAAACAGGGCCCGUAUGACGUGGUGCUGCUGCCAGGAGGCAUGCCGGGGGCCCAGCAUCUGGCCGAGUCUCCCGCUGUGAAGGAGGUGCUGAAGGAUCAAGACGGCAGAAAAGGCCUGAUUGCAGCCAUCUGUGCAGGUCCCACUGCUCUCCUGGCACACGGCAUCGGCUACGGCAGCACCGUCACCACACAUCCUGGCGCCAAGGAGAAGAUGAUGGCUGGAGACCACUAUAAAUAUUCAGAGGCUCGAGUGCAGAAGGAUGGACAUUACAUCACCAGCCGUGGGCCAGGAACCAGCUUCGAGUUCGCCCUGACGAUUGUAGAGGAACUUAUGGGGGCUGAGGUUGCAGCUCAAGUCAAGGCUCCUCUGAUUAUGAAAGACUGACUGCAGCCGUGUUCCCUAUCCAUGUGCAAGCAGCUCAGCCGCUGUACCGGUCUGGCACCACGAGACGGCUGGUCCAUGUAGCCGGCACCCAGAGUCAAAGUCACCGGGGACAAGUCAUCGUGUCCCGGGGGACACAAGUCUGCUUCUGCUCUGACAGGUUGUCGUCCUCCCUCUAGUCAAAGGCACCUUGUGUUGUUUAACUCCCACAUAGCUGAUCCCACAAACUGCUGCUUGGUGUUCACAGCCUGUAUUGUGCCACUUGUCAUUAAAACAUGAGUGUGACGGC